GUCAAACGGGGUCCUAAUUUGGGUCCUCAAGUAAACAACAACAGCAGCAGCUAGCAAGAAGAGCCGAAACGAGUUAUAAUUGAAUUGAAUUGAAUGCUGUUUAAGUUGAAAUAAAUCAUGGAUGAUAGUGAGCUAGAGAGGAAAGCAGUGGAGGAGCUCCUUAAAGAAGCUAAUAGAGCAAAAGUCCGUGCCCAGACAAUGGGUCCUGCUGGGUGGAUGAAAUGUCCGCUGGGAAGUACAAACAAGCGCUUUCUGCUGAACACUCUUCGUUCCUCUGCUCUGUCGCGUACUUCUGAGAGAGGAAGAGAUGAACAUAGGUACAACAGAGCUUGUGAAAAACAUCGCAACACAGACUGUGAAAAGUGCAAUCACAAAAAAGUCGAUUCACACAGAAGACCCCAUUCUCACACUUCAAAACAGCACUCUUCGACACGCAGUCAUUCCUCAUCCCGAAGCCACUCCCCCAGCCUCUCCCGGAAGUCAGAUAGGACUCGAUCUCGCUCACCCGUGCGGGACAGUUCUCCAGAUGUCAAAAAAUACACUGACAGAAAGAAAAAAUGAUAUAACACUCUUUGGAGCGUUUGUUUUGGGAGUGCACGUUUGCGGAACAAUAAUAUUAAAAUUGCAUUUUAAAAACCACUAAAAA